AUGACGUCCAUUGUGCUGUCUUGCAUCUGCAUACAGAAUCUGAGACAGCGCUAUGGAAAUAAUCGUUAUGGACGGAAUGGUGUAAUCCGCUUCUGGUCUAGCAUCGCUCUGAAGGUGACUGAGAUCUGGUUGAAGCGGCCCAGCCACCUUACCUCGCUACGCUAUUCCUUUGAUGUCUGUUCGGUAGCGCUUCAGCUCUUGCGUCAGUUCUUUGAUCCGUCCGCCAUUGGUAAAAUUGGUUACAUAGCGAAGGUGAAUAAGAGUGAUAAUACACUGAAGAUCAAUGUGUAUGGUGAUUGGGUGUGGUACAUGCAGGAAGCAGUAACGUUGUUGACGGGAGAGCAUUUCAUGGGCCUAUUGAAGACACACUUCGAGAUUUACAAGCCUUCAGAUGAGAAUGACAAGCUUGUAGAGGCUGUUAUGGGAGGCGAUGCUAAGGAUGUCUACGCGAUCAUCCGCCAGGCUUUCACGGAUUUCAGAGACUUUGAACGCGUCUGUCAACACAAACUAACCACGACAAUCGAUGAUUCCAAAGACAAGGCGAAUACAGAACGUUAUUUGAAUCCACACCACCACCUAUUCGUCUUAGUGGAAGACUCUACGCUCAACAAAUUCGGUGGAGAAAUUGAGUUUCGAGCUAUUCUAGAAAAACGAAUUUCGUCCGAAAUACUCCGAUCAAGGAUUAAAGGGGAAAUCUAUCAAGACCGAUCAGUUAUACAAGUCCCACACGUCAAACUCGUUCUGAACAAUGACCAGUACACAUUGGAAACUGUAAAAUCUGCUAUGGAAAAAGGCAUACCUUCCGUGGUGGUAAUCACUACCGACUCGGAUACUCACCAAAGACAAGACAGUGCCAUUUUCGACAGCAAGAAUGAAAUCAAAAUGAAAAUGCUUCGAAACAGUAAUAUAAACAGUCCAAAUGACGCAAUCAACAGAUUUCAAGAAACUUACCAGCACGAAAUAAACCUUUUGGCGGUCAUAAAUCUUAGCGACAUGCCCAAACUGCUUGCGGAGAUGACAUUGGAUGUUUAUUGGUCAGCUAGUUCAGUUAAAACGAAUAUCUUGGAAUGGGCUAUUUACGAUCAUAAAGAAGCUGUCAUUCUCAAGCGACUGGUCUGUGCAGAUGGCAAUCGAAUGGAUAGUUAUGAUAUCGCAUUGACCUUAAAUUAUUUUUUGAGUCGCAAUGAUGUAGAAGUUGUCGAAGCGUUAGUUCAACUGAAUGUCGACAUGAAUUCAGCCUGGAUAGAUGCUCGGCAAUACGAAACAUUCUGUAAUGCUAGUGAUGGGUUGCCGAAACUUUUUGAGUCAAAGGCCAAACACACGGUUUUGUGGGUCAUGCAGAGAGUGAAGGAGCGCCCAGUGCGAGGCACAUACAAUGCUUUAGAAAGAGCGCCAUCUGUAAGCAGACCAACGUGA